AUGUCCUCACAACAAAAAAUUAAGGUCAAGAACCCCAUUGUCGAAAUGGAUGGUGAUGAAAUGACAAGAAUCAUCUGGCAAUUCAUCAAAGACAAGUUGAUUUUUCCAUACUUGGACGUUGAUUUGAAAUACUACGACUUAAGUAUCGAGUACAGGGAUGAAACAGAUGAUAAAGUAACAACUGAUGCAGCUGAAGCGAUCUUAAAAUAUGGUGUUGGCGUUAAAUGCGCAACCAUUACCCCUGAUGAACAAAGGGUCAAGGAAUUCAAUUUGAAAAAAAUGUGGCAUUCUCCAAAUGGUACUUUGAGAAACAUUCUUGGAGGUACGGUGUUUAGAGAACCAAUUGUCAUUGACAACAUUCCUAGAAUUGUCCCUUCUUGGGAGCAACCAAUUAUUAUUGGAAGACACGCAUUUGGUGACCAAUACAAAGCCACUGAUAUUGUUGUACCUCAAGCAGGUGAAUUGAAACUAGUCUACACUCCAAAGGAUGGUGGUGAACCAAUUGAAUACCCAGUGUAUAACUUCAAAGGACCGGGUGUUGGUUUGGCCAUGUACAACACUGACGAAUCAAUCACUGAUUUCGCUCUUAGCUCUUUCAGAUUGGCAAUUGAGCGUAAAAUGAAUUUGUUUUCAUCUACUAAGAACACCAUUUUGAAGAAGUAUGAUGGUAGAUUUAAGGACAUUUUUGAAAACUUGUAUGCUACUAAAUUCAAACCUGAGAUGGACAAGUUGGGCAUUUGGUACGAGCACAGAUUGAUUGAUGAUAUGGUGGCACAAAUGUUGAAAUCUAAAGGUGGAUAUAUUAUUGCUAUGAAGAACUAUGACGGUGAUGUUCAAUCGGACAUUGUCGCUCAAGGUUUUGGUUCUUUGGGUUUGAUGACUUCAGUUUUGACCACACCAGAUGGAAAAGCUUUUGAAGCUGAAGCAGCUCAUGGUACCGUUACUAGACAUUACAGACAACACCAACAAGGUAAGGAAACAUCCACCAACUCUAUUGCAUCAAUUUACGCAUGGACCAGAGGAUUGAUACAAAGAGGUAAGUUGGAUAAUACCCCAGAAGUUGUUGAUUUCGCCAACAACUUGGAAAAAGCCGUCAUUGAUACUGUUUUCAAGGAUAACAAAAUGACCAAGGAUUUGGCUUUGGCUCAGGGAAAAACUGAUAGAUCGAGUUAUGUCACUACAGAGGAAUUUAUUGAUGCUGUAGCUGACAGAUUAAACAGAAACUUGGGCCGCUCAAAGAUCUAA